CCCUCAUUUCACUCUUUCCUUUUCUCCCCUCCCCGCUUCUUCUCCCAGUCCGAUCUGCGCCGCCGCGCGCCGCCGCUCCAGCGCCGUUCUCAUUCGCUGGAGGCACCCCUGAAAUCCUCCUUCUUGUUCUUACUCUUCCUAGCUCAGUUCGCUGCAGCUCUGGCACCUCCACCUCUGGUCCUCUGUAUCUGCCCCCGAAUCGCGAUCUGUCCAGACCCAUCUCCUACCAUUUAGGUGCCUAAUUCAGGUGGAUUGGUGAUAGCUCUUUGGGUUUGUACCGCGGUGUCAAGGUUAGGCUGGGGGUGUGUAGAGGUUACCCAACAAGAUCCCCGCGAGCAAUCAGGAUAUUUAUUAUCCUCGCCGGCGUUGCAGUUUGGACGGCGACCUCAGUUCUUGUGGGCGUAGGUGGCUGGGGACUAGUGCUUGUUCAUGUUUAGCUGACCUUCAGGCUCCUUUGCUUUGGCUUACCGCUAACAUUUAUGUUGUCUUUGCUGAUGCCGGCUAGUUCGUAGGACAUGUUCACACCGCAUAUGAGACCGAGACACAUGAGGAUAGGGAUGAUCUAGGUAGAGUUUAGGGAUUCUGGGGCCAGUUAGGGAUUUGUGUAAGCCGACUGCUUUGUUUUCUUGGCCUGCCGGUACAGCAUUCUUGGUCUGGCCAUGUCUUGUACGUCCCCAGAUCCACCAGACUACUGCUCGGCCGUAUCGCCCGAGCUCAAACUGUACCAGGCAUUCGUCUUCUCCGUGCCAGUUUUCUUCACAUUCGUCUUGCUUCUCUUCUUCUACCUCUUCUACCUGCGGCGCCGCAGAGCCAACUGGCAGUCCUUGCGGAUGAGGGCUAAUAGUUUGAUAAGGGGUGAUAACCCUAGGUUGGAGUGCGGCAUUAAGAAGGAGGUGCGCGAAAUGCUGCCGGUUGUCGUCUUCAAGGAGAGCUUCUUGAUCAGGGAAACACAAUGCUCAGUCUGCUUAGCAGACUAUCAAGCAGAAGAGCGGCUUCAGAGGAUACCUCCAUGUGGUCAUACCUUCCACAUUGAUUGCAUCGAUCACUGGCUCUCUAAGAACACUACAUGCCCCCUUUGUCGAGUAUCUCUCCUUCCAGCCCCCAAAACUGCGAGCGUCGAGCCAGCUGAUCUGGAAGCACAAACUGUCGAGGAGGACUCCUUGAAUGUGCAGCAUCAGGCAGGCCUCAAUGAUGAAGACACACAACAGGAGGAUCAGGCAGUGGAACAGAGUAGUGAGGGCUUGACACAGCAGGGUGAAGAACAGCGGAGUAUCAUGCAGGAUGCAUCAGUCACUGUAGUCGUCGAGCCUCAAGCAUUAGAAACCGAAGGGUCUCCAAGUGCUACCUGCCUGCCUUGUAAGCUGAAGAAAUAGGGCUUAUGUCGGUACUGUUUUGUGUUGUAUUUGUAGCUUCUUUUAGAAGGACUAAUAAGAGGCGCAUGGAAGAUAUAUACACCAACGAUAUACUGAUUCUAGAGAGGGUAAAUGCUCUUGUAGCUGAUGGAAUUUCCUGGAGACUGAGAAAUACUGAUGUACUAUGUUGUAGAACCACAGAAGGCAUAAAAAAAUGGAACCUGCAACCUCUCUUUUC